UCAAACAACAACCUGCUGCCUUCAACCAUCAUCGACGCUAGUGCCCACUAGCGUCCCCCUCAACGGCAAUGACGACUCCUCUGGCAGCCCCGGCCGCAGACCCGCCGUACGCCUUCGUCACACUCGUCUCCUCGGACUCGUACCUCCCCGGAGCGCUCGUCGUCGCCCACGCACUGAGGGAUGUACACCCCAAGCCUGCCAAUGCACCGGAAGUCGACUUCCAAACCGUGUGUCUCGUCACUCCCGAAGUGGUGGACGUGGCGACGAUCCGAGCCCUAAGGCAGGCAUUCGACUUGGUCGUCGGGGUCGAAGUGAUCGAUGACCAGUCCCAGCUGGGGGUAGAGAACCUCGGCCUGCUCGGAAGGAGAGACCUAACGACCGUCCUGACGAAACUACACGUCUUCCGACUGACCCACUUUAGGAAGAUCAUAUUCCUCGACGCGGACGUGCUUCCCCUACAACCGAUCUCCCACCUGUUCAAGCUAGACUUUUCCCAGAAGCUCGCAGCGGCACCCGACGCCGGCUGGCCAGACUGCUUCAACUCCGGGGUAAUGGUGCUCCAGCCUAGUGAAGCGAGCUUUGGGGAACUGCGCGAUCUUGCACGGACGAGAGGAAGCUGGGACGGUGGUGACCAGGGCUUGCUCAACGAGUGGGUUGGGAACGAUUGGCACAGGAUCAGCUUUAGGUAUAACACUACCCCGACAGCUGCAUACACGUACAAGCCCGCCUACGCGCGCUUUCACGAGGAAAUCAAGCUCCUGCAUUUUAUCGGUUCCCACAAACCGUGGGCAUCCCUCCCGAUCCGGCCGUCUCGUCCUCCUCCGCGCCCGCUGCACGAAAGCCAUGAUACGGCGUACGGUGCGCUUGUCGAUCAGUGGUACGCGGUGUAUGACCGCCACUACCGGCCUCUGUCGAACGUGGACGACUUCCUACCGGAGGAUUACCAGCCCGGACCGGGACCGGAGGCGACGACGACGACGACGACCGCCCCGAGCUUCCAGCCACCACAUUAUGCUGCAGCGUGGGACGAGCCCAAGCCAUUCGAGGCGCAGCCCGAAGCUGGCCCGGUGUAUGGGCUUGAAGAGCUGCGAGAGCUUGCAGUGAAAGGCGUCGGCUCGGCAUAUACUGUCACUGACGGAGAGGGGCGAUACGAGAGCCUACCGCUCGAGGGUCGGGUGGACCUGCUUUGCCCGAAAUUCGAGGAGGAGGAGGAGAAGGAGGACGAGGACGUGACGCCCAAGGCUUCGGAUUACCAGCUUCCUCCUCCUCCGGUACAGAUGGGCGAGUAUCCUCCGCAUUUACAGCGGCCGCCUGCUCCGCCUCCGCCCCCGCUUCCACCUGUGCAUGCACCUCAGCCGGUACAGGAGUAUUUCCCUCCUCAGCCUGCGUAUCAGGAACAUCAGCAGCCAGGUCCAUCGGUGCAUCAUGAGCAGGCUUGGCAUCCCGAGCCUACUUAUCAUGAACCACAGUGGCAGCCUCCCCCGCCUCCGCCUCCGCAACAGCAAGAACAGGGGCAACCCCCGCCUCCGCCUCCGCAACAGCAAGAACAGUGGCAACCCCCGCCUCCCCCUCACCAGGAUUGGCAACCCCCACAUGAGGAGCACCAACCGUAUGUUCCCCCUCCCCAAGAAAGGGAGGAGUAUCAUCCCCCUCAACCGGAACCCGCCGCUCCCGCACCCCCUCCUCCCCCACCAGAGCCCUUCUCAGCACCCAUCAUGACCUGGAACCCGGCUCACGAGCCUCCACCGAACAAGCGUCCCUCGCACGCGCCCGUCUUCCCCGAAUGGACGGGCAACGUCUGGGAACAACCUUCCUACCGAGAUCAGCGCGAGUUCUUCCAUGCCCCGCCGCCCACCCAGAUACCGCAGCAUCUUGUCGACCAGGGACAGUACGAGAAGGUGAUGCACCACGCGCCUGACCCGCGUAAGGUCAACCCUAUCUUCCCCUGGGAGAAGGAGGGGCGUCCAAGGACUCAGCGUGUGUGGCCUGAGGGUGAGUACCCUCUGCCGGAGAUCAAACCCCUCCUGCCUGAGGUGGGCGGCCUGGAAGGGCCAACGCUGACCGUACAGAGCCCGUCGCCCACCGUCCCCCCUGGCCGCACGUUCCAGGAACAUCAGCCCCCGCCUUCGCCCCCAACGUAUGGUUUGCCGCAGGAUAUGACCUUCCGCAACGCGUGGGAUGCGGACCCGCAUAUCCAGAGGUACGUGAGUAAGCUGUCCCGCCCUAGUACUGUAGGCUCUAGACAGCCCUCGUUUGCCGUCAUGCGCCGUAGUAGCCCGCUCUCUACGCCUGGCAUCAAGGGCAACUUUGCCUUCCGCCGGCCUGCAGAGCGCGGGGAGGGCGCAGAUGCUAGUAGUCGGGACGGGGACGACGAGGAAGAUGAGCAGGAGUCGGAGAGCGAGAACGGGGCUGCUGGCGCUGCUGAAGAAGUGGCAGAAGAAGGCAAGCCUGGGCGGAAAUCCCCCAAAUCUAGAUCUGGUUCGGUCAGCAGCCGCGGUGGGGAGAGCUUUGGUCCAUCGAAAGCUUACCGGUCGCAGGCUGUCCAGACCGAGCCACCUCCGAAGAAAAAGAGUCGUGGUAUUCAAGUCCAGAUCCCGAGAACGGAUUUCUUCAUCCAGCGCGAGCCGAAGAAGGACGAAGGCGUCCAGACGCCCGAGAUGGUCAUGCUUGAGCCUCACCCGCCGCUGGAGUCUACGCACAUGCCUGUGCCUGAUGCGCAGUACUUGCUGCCUCAGCACCACAUGCCGGCCACACCGUCGCCUUAUGAUGAGCCGAUGAUGCCGACGCACAAGGAUGGUGCGCGUGGUCGGCUUGCGGAUGUGGAGACGGACGAGACGCCGGUACAGGUGCUGAUGCCCCCGCCGUUGGUGACGACGGACACGGCAUCUGCGACUGAGAGCUACUUCCUCAGCACGGUGGAAUCCCCUCGGGAAGUAGCUGCGAACCCGCCGAACCUCCAUCCGGGGUUGGAGCCGCUCAGCCCUCCACUCCGGCCUGGACCCACUCCUAUCCCAGCGCAUAUGCGCAUAUCAUCUAACGAAACACAGUCGAGCGGCAUUGGUGGUUCACCGCCGUCCUCGAUACUGAUGUCCCCUAGGGACGGGGAGGAAAUGACCUCACCUCGGACGCAGGCUGCGAGGCUCGCCAUCCGUCGGUGGGAUCCCGCACGCGAUGUCGACCUGUUCAAAAGGGAUUCCCAGGAAGUUCUGGCUCGGUUCUUACGGAUGAACGACUGGGAGGAAGCACGCUAAGUGCGCGGGGUAGCACGUGUAUAUUUCAUUUUCUUGAGUCUUCGUGUCUACAUCUUGUUAACGCAAUCUUCUCUCCUCCACAAGGUCCAUUCUCACGCUCUUGGUCGCUUCAAAAGUCCCUUGAGGGACGACCUGUUACACGGACUUGUUCAUAAUGUUCUUUCUUGCACGUCUCUCUCUCACCAUCAAUGUCUCUUCUUGUCCUCAAUCACCUCCCCUCCUCAAACCUCUUACGGUCUUGUUUCUCGUAUGUAGCUCUCUUCGCACGGUAGUGCAGACUUGGUGGAUGGCAGGGGAAGGUUGUUGUCGCGAUGGAGGUGAUACUGCUAGUACCAGUAGAUGCUACGAUUCCACCCGAAGCCCGUGCGGUUCAAUACCGUAAUCAAACGAGAUACCC